UACAUUUCUUUUUGUUUCAUCAUCAAUAUUGUCUCUCUUAGUUUCAAGUUGUUCUUUCAUUCAUGCUCAACAAAAGAAUUAUUCUCCUCAUCUCAUAAAAAAGAGUACUAUACUUUUCCCUUUUUUUUUUUUGAUUUUUUUUCUUUUAGUUAUUUCAUUUCUUUGCAUCAUCUAUUUGAAUGAAGUUGGGUUCAAAAAGUACUGGCACCAUUGUCGUCAAAUCAACUGCCACCUAAAAUCUCUCCUCAUUCUGCCACCUUAACCUAAACCCUAACCACCACAACAACCACCUUCUUUCACUCCUCUGACCACCGCCAAAAAUGUUCUGACUUCGCCGCCAUAACCAGACCUUCCAUUUUUUCUCUCUCCUCCAAAACUUCCAUGCUUCCUGAAAUGGGAUCUGUUGCCCCAUUUCCAGACCUUAAUCUCGUACCUGACCCACGUGUCGCUUCCUCCGCUCUCCCUUCAACUUCAGCCGCUGUUAUCGCGCCACCUGCGCCAGCGACAACGUUCCGUCGUCCGAAGUUGGAAAUCCGGGUCAAAUCUGAACCUAUCGAUGACCCCAUUUCGGAGAUUGAAACGCCGGAUUUAAUCCCCAGCUCGCCUCCGUCAAAUGACUUUGCUCUGGAGCCGUCUCCGUCUUCGACCAACGAGGAAUCGAAUGUGUACUCGGAAUUCUACCGCAUUUCGGAGAUGUUUCAUUCGGCUUUUGGGCAUCGAAUGCCAGGGCAAGGGGAGCUGCAGCAGGCGCAGCAGCAGCAGCCGUUGGACUCUAAUUCGGGGGCAAUUGUUGCUGUCCCAAGUGAGGAGAAUCAGUUUUCGGCAUUGGCUGUUGCUGCCCCGAAUCAGCUCAGGCGUCAGCAGAAGCGGUCUAAUGAGCUUGUUAGAGUUACUAACCUGAGUGUGGAGGAUCAGAGGUACUUCAGGGAUAUAGUGAGGCGAACUCGAAUGCUUUACGACGCGUUGAGGAUCUAUACAAUGACGGAGGAAGAGAGGAGGAGCGGUCCAGGGGCCGGGAGAAGAGCUCGUGGCGAUUUACGGGCAGCUACAUUGAUGAGGGAUCGUGGGCUAUGGCUUAAUAGGGAUAAGAGGAUUGUUGGGUCGAUUCCUGGAGUGUUCAUUGGAGACUUGUUCUAUUUUAGAAUGGAGCUUUGUGUGGUUGGGUUACAUGGGCAGUCACAAGCUGGAAUUGAUUACUUGCCUUCGAGCCAGAGUUCGAAUGGCGAACCGAUUGCAACGAGUAUCAUUGUAUCUGGUGGGUAUGAAGAUGAUGAAGAUGCUGGGGAUGUGUUGAUUUAUACAGGGCAUGGCGGGCUCGAUAAGCUUCACAGGAUGGUCAAUCACCAGAAGCUUGAAGGAGGUAAUUUGGCUUUAGAAAGAAGUAUGCAUUAUGGUAUUGAAAUUAGAGUGAUUAGGGGUCUUAAAUAUGAGGGUAGUCUUACUACUAAAAUUUAUGUUUAUGAUGGUUUAUAUAAAGUUGUUGAGUCUUGGUUUGAUGUUGGUAGAUCUGGUUAUGGUGUGUAUAAGUUCAAGCUUUUAAGAAUUGAGGGUCAACCUGAAAUGGGUAGUACCCUAUUGAAAUUGGCUCAAAGCUUGAGGACUAGGGCACUGCAGGUUAGGCCUGUGGGGUAUCUUAGUCUUGACCUUUCGAUGAAGAAGGAGAAUGUGCCCAUCUUUGUUUUUAAUGAUAUUGAUGCCGACAAUGACCCGUUGUACUAUGAUUAUUGCCCCACGGCAAUUUUCCCUGCUUUUGUGUAUUCAGGGGGAACUAUGGGGUGCAGUUGUAUUACUAGUUGUCAUGAUGGGUGUUUGUGUGCAAUGAAGAAUGGAGGGGAGAUUGCUUAUGAUAAUAAUGGUUUUUUGCUUAGAGGGAAACCUUUAGUAUUUGAAUGUAACAACAAUUGUGGUUGUCCUCCUAGUUGCAGAAAUCGUGUGAGCCAGAAGGGGCUGAAGCAUAGAUUGGAAGUGUUUAGGUCCAGGGAAACAGGUUGGGGAGUUCGGACUUUAGACUUGAUACAUGCUGGUGCAUUUAUCUGUGAAUAUGCCGGGCUUAUUCUUACAAGGGAGCAGGCUCAAGUUUUCUCCAUGAAUGGAGACACACUUAUAUAUCCUGGCCGGUUUACAGAAAAGUGGGCUGAAUGGGGGGAUCUAACCCAAAUAUAUCCUGGUUAUGUGACGCCAACAUAUCCGUCUAUUCCUCCAUUGGAUAUUGCCAUGGAUGUUUCCAAAAUGCGAAAUGUUGCUUGCUACAUAAGCCAUAGCACUUGUCCCAAUGUGAUGGUGCAGUUGGUGCUUUAUGAUCAUAACAACAUUUUGUUUCCUCAUCUUAUGCUAUUUGCAAUGGAGAACAUCCCCCCGAUGCGGGAACUUAGCCUUGAUUAUGGUGUCGCUGAUGAAUACACUGGAAAGCUCUCAAUCUGCAACUAGAUUUGUUUUUUUCUCAGCUGUCCCAUCUUUGGAUGUGGUGCAGUGAAGUGCGUUGAGAAUAUGAUGCAGUAAGAUCUACGUGGGUUUUUUGGGCUUUCACAUCACACAAUUUUGUUCAAAUUUCCGGCAGUCGUCUUUUGCAAUGUAAGAUGGAAGACUUGACAUGCCAUUGGUUCACCAAGAUGAUAGUUGUUAUGUUGGAAUUUGGUUCUGCCACAAUAGGUAUACCUACCAAUUUUUAUUGACUUGGAUGUUGUGGAGAUGCUAAAACCAGUGAUGGAAUUUCGAAGAGUUGACAGAAAUGGAGCUUCAGCAAAUAGAAUUGCAGUGCAGCUUAGUUUCUCGAUGGAGAUUGUUGCCUUUGCUGCACUACACUUCUCGAGGUAGUCAUACUUACCCCUUUCAACAGCUUGUUUCAACCUAAGCAGAAAUGUUUGUAGGCUGAUAAGCAGGAUUGUAAUUCAGUAUGUCGACUGUAUAUAUGAUGUUAAGAUUGCACAAGUGUGUGUACAGUUAGUGAUUGUGUUUAUGCUUGGGGUAGGUGGUUCGACUAAUCCCUCUGCUUAAGGGGUGCUCCAUUUUGUCUGUCAUCAGAUGUGUAGGCGCGCAGGUCCUUGUAAUUCCCGGAACUCCGGGAGGAUGUCAUGUAGUACUUUGUUUAAAAAAAAAAUAUAAUCCUUCUAGAUUUUAGACAUUCCUUUGUCUUGCUGUAUAUAUUUGUACAAAAAAAUGGUUAUUGUGAUCUUAGGCUAAAUGAUCCAAAAA